UACCUUUAAGCAGAAAAAAAAAUAGGAGAGAAAGAUAGAUAGAAAGAAAAAAGCUAAUGAGAUGGGUACAGUGUAAAAGAAAAGUAAUCCUAUCCAACUUGCAUGGUCUAGAUCCCUGCAGAAAAUGUUAGUGACCUUGUAAGACAGAAAUUUUUCCCUCAGGUACAGGGAUUCCUGCCCUCCUGCUGUCACUGACUGUUUCCAGCUAGAGCAGCUUCUGGGAGCCACACAGAGGGAGACGCUUAGAGAAAUGUAAUCAGUGGCAGCACUUCUGCUACCUCUGCAGUAUCUUAAAGUAGAAGGUGGGGGGAAGCCUUCACCAAAGUCCCUGGCCUUCAAUUAAAAAUUUCAUAUUGCUUUCCUCAUUAGUCUAAUCAUCUGCUAUAGCUAUUUCCAAGCUUACCCUGAAGGCCCUGCAGAGCAAUCCAAUUUCAAGGCCAGUGCAGUGCAGGCAGGAGCAGUGUUUCUGGGAGGAGCCGUGCUGGUGUUGACACAAGGAGCUCACUUAUCUGACAUUAGGCAUGUGAAUAAAACAAUGUUGGCACACCUUCUGGAAAGAGGAUUGCUCUAUGAAAAGAAGCUCUGUUGCACAGCAUUUCCCUGGUUGCCAAGACCAGAGUCACCUGUGAAGUGUCACUGGCACCAAAAUUACUCAAUUCUGGGAGAACCUCCUCAAUAUCAGGUCUUGAACAAGAGGCCAUACAAUUUCAUUCUCUUUGCUGACCAUCUCCAUCACUGUAACUAACUGGAAGGGUACAGUAGAAAUUUAAAGCAGCAGGAUCUAGCAGAAGUGAAAGUUUGGUACCCAUCUGCUCCACAACUUCAGCCCUUAAGCAUUUGCAGCAACUCAGAGUCAGCCACACUCCUUGAAAAUGAGCCUGUGAUCUUAUGAAUCUCCUGAUGUAGAAGCUGUAUUAUCUUAUUCUUGAUUUUCUUUUACUACUUCAGCUUAAUGUUCUGUGUCGGUGAAAGUACAAACAGGUCAUCAUGAAGAUGCUGGCAGUAGCUCUUGAGCACAGUGCAUGACUUUCACAAGGCAGUAAAACUUGUAGGGCAAUGAACAUUAUCUGUUUCUGUGCUAUUCUUCAUGCUAAUCUGGGCUAGGAUUGCACAACAUAGUCCCUUACCAAAGCUCUUAAUCUUAUAUUAUCUGCCCUGAAAAAAUCGUAGGCUUUUAUCUCUAUAUUUCUCUCUACUUCCCUGCAGUUCUUUUCCUCCACCAUUAAAAGUAAAAUCAGUCAUUUUUUUCUCCUAUGUAUCCCAUCAUUUUUAUUGUGUUUUUCAUAUCUUGCUUAUUAAGUAGUUACCCUAGGGAGACAUCUUUCUUAUUGGAACAUACAAAAAGCUAUAACUGCACUUAACAUUUGUGGGGAAGAGGAGGGACGAAGGGGCAAAGAAAACAAAUUUAGACUGAGGUCACAAAAAUAAAUGUGUAUGUUCAGUAAUAUGCCUCACAUCAACUCCACUUCUUUUUCUGUAAGCAAAAAUAUAUUCUUCCUUGUUUUCUGUUUAUUCUGCAAAUCAACUUACACUGUUAAAAAUAACAUACAUGGACAAAGUUGUUGUUUUAGAAGCAACAUCCAUAUGGCUGCUGCUGCUGUGGGGCAGGGGACAGACCAGACGACUUCAGACUGUGAUCUCACAGACCUGUGAUGGAGCCCUAGAUGGGGUUCUCAACAGGACAACAACACCAGAACUUUAGCUCUUUAGUUUCAGAAAUGCUCUCUUUUCUCACAUCCUGGAAAAGCUGUCUCUGAUACAGCCUGAGUGCAUACAAGGGAACAGCAAGAUGCCUCACACCAGAUACUCUUCAUCUCUGACCAGCAGCUCUUCCUAUGAAACACCGGCACUAUCAGACCUCCAGCAGCUCCUGUGGCUCAGAGGAGGAGCUGAUAAUCAUGUGGACCAAGUCUGGCCAAAUAUCUACCUGGGAGAUGAGUGGGCUGCCAGGAGCAAAACUACACUUCAAAGCCUCAACAUUACUCAUAUCCUUAAUGCAGCAGAUGGACCAUGUAGCAUCAACACGGGAGCCAAAUAUUAUGCAGAUCUGCAAAUAGAGUACUAUGGAGUAGAAGCAUUUGAUGAUCCUUCCUUCAAUAUAAGUGUCUUCUUCUAUGAUGCUGCCAAUUUCAUAGGCAAGGCCUUAAACUCUUCAGGAGGAAAGGUGUUAGUUCACUGUGCCAUGGGAGUGAGCCGCUCAGCAACUUUAGUGCUUGCCUUUUUAAUGAUCCAUGAAAACAUGACACUUGUGGAUGCUCUGAAGACAGUGAGUACUCGCAGAAACAUCUGCCCAAAUUCAGGGUUCCUCAGCCAGCUCCGGGACUUGGACAUUAAACUGAAUGAAGAGAGGAAAAGAACCAGAGCAUCUGCUAUCAGAGGCCUGUAAGAGAGUAUUGCUGCAAGAAAGUGGACAAAAUCUUGUUUGAGUUGCCGAUAUCACUUAUAGAUGAACUGCAUUUAUAAAUUUAGGACACAACUUUAUGAGGCACCACAUGCAUGCUAUUAAUAAAAGUAGACUUCGCUUGAUCUUUCAAUUGUGCAAAGCUUUCCUAGAUUUAUAUUUAUGAUUGGUUGUAUACUCUAUCCUUCACUCUCCACCUUAAAACAUUGCUGUCUGCUAGUUUAAAAGAAGGAAAAAAAAAAAAAAAA